CGCCAUUCCGAUACGACCCCGCCUACACUCUUUCGCCGUGCCUGCCAUACAUAUUGUACAUAUCUUAGGUACCUACCUAGGUAUGUAGGUUACAACCUUGAUACCUAAAACUAAUUUCUAGCGCUUAGUAGCGGGAAGGGUCACAAGGGUUUACAAGGGUUUACAAGCCGCGUCUCCCUUCAACAUCAACAUCCUUUUUUCCCGUCGCAAACCAACACGCAAGCUUGAUACUAGGCACCCGGAAAGAAGAGCUCCUCUCAUAUACUACGCCGAGACAUAAUAAAUACUUAUCCACUAAAUCGAAUGAAGCUCUAUUCGCUAUAUUACUUACUCCCUGGGGUAUAGCCUGCUGCGCAGCAGUGUAGAUGAUGCGAAGAUGGCCCCAACUAAUCCCACGUUCCCGUCUGCCAACCGCCCACUAGCUAUUAAAGAGAUAGUUGGUGAGGCAGAGGGCUUCAAGUGGGAUCCUGCUAUACCGUUGAAGUUUUGGCUGCGCACUGCCAACACACUAUUCCUAGAGGGUAGAAGCUAUCUGAGUGAUGGUAACUUUGCUCAAGCCUACCUCAUCUAUAUGCGAUAUUUAGACCUCGUUACGAAGAAACUACCCAAACAUCCCGGCGCUAAAGCUCCCGAGGAAAAAAGGGCUCUCAAUGAAUUGUACAAGUCCCUCGGGGAUGUCAUGUCCAAUCUCGAGAGGAUUAAACCAAUUAUCGAACAGGAUUAUAAUGCGUGGGAGGCACAGUCUAGGAAACAGGGACGUCAAAGGCAGGAGGCUAGUCAUCCCAAGUCUAAGUCGCCAUUGACAUACGAAGAGCGCGCAUCCCGAGACCCUGCCUUAUCUUCCACACGUCGAUUACUCAAUGCCGGUGACUAUCAGGAUCUCGCAGUUGAGCUGGCCGAGAGGGAGUUUCGCCGCAGGGAUACAAAUAGGGGUGCGACUAGAAAGACCGGCGUAUCGCAUGAGGAAGAUACACGCGGCGCGGGCUUCUGGAACAACUGGACGACCGAGCUAGCUGAUAAACAAGCUGAAGAUGAAGAAGUCUUCCGGAGGCAGAUGGAGUCAGUGAGGAAGACGUUAGAUGGGGAUGAGAGUGACUACAUAAACAACAAUGCACGAAAACAUUCGCGCCCUUCGUCAAUAGCGAGUCCUUCAACAAGCUAUCGAUACCCAUCUAUCUCCCCGUCCCAGCCUAUUCAAUACGAAGCCGAGCACGCCCAUGCCAGAAAACCGUCAACUCCUCAACCUCUCCGACCACCCAAAGAAGAGAUCUUUCGCCGGCCUGAGACUAGUCCGAGCCAUACUCAUGCACCAGAGCCCCCUGCUAAAAUACACACAUCCCCCGAAAGGGCGCUCCCAACUCCAGAGACAUCUCAAGAACUCCCUACUCUUCCACCUAAGAUACGUGAAGAGCCUCCUGUGCCCCAGAAGGAACAGCAACGCCUUACAUUUAAACCGGCGGCCUACCUCGAGAGCGGUGAACCACUCCGUUCCGUCUUCUUACCUAGUCAAUUACGCAACCGAUUCCUAUCCAUCGCUGCGGAAAACACUCGGCGUGGCCUCGAGAUGUGCGGUAUCCUCUGCGGAACCGCCGUUAAGAACGCCUUGUUCGUACGCUGUCUAUUAAUUCCCGAGCAGACCAGCACCUCGGAUACGUGCGAGACGGAAAAUGAAAACACCAUGCUGGAGUACUGUAUGGACAAUGACCUAAUAAUAUUAGGUUGGAUUCACACGCACCCAACCCAAACCUGUUUCAUGAGUUCUAGGGACCUGCAUACCCAGUCUGGCUAUCAGAUCAUGAUGCCGGAGAGCAUAGCUAUCGUCUGUGCUCCGAGUUUUGAGCCUUCUUAUGGCAUAUUCCGCCUCACCAAGCCUCCUGGUUUAGACUACAUCCUUGGCUGCACACAGACCAGCACUUUCCACCCACACGCUAUGGAUAACCUGUAUACGAAGGCACAGUCUCCACCGGGUCACGUUUACGAGACUGACAAGCUGGAGUUCGACGUGCAUGAUCUCCGACCGGGCGCCCGCAACAGCACCGUGCAGCACAAGAACUUUUAGGACAUAAUGUCUAAUGGGAUGGGUUGUGGCGUGCACGCAUGCGCUCUGCUCGUAUGCGCUCUCUGCCCUCGGGGAGCGAACCGGUGCCCGGAUCGGCUGGAAUCCAACCACACCCGCAGCAGGGUUAAAGAGGAUUGAUUGGCGUAGUUCCUUUUUCUGUUUGAUAAUACCUAUCUAGAUUGUUGCCACCUGAUUAGCGCAGCAUGGGAUGGGCUCGAUACUGCAUACUGCAUAGCAUGGGCGUUACGGAGACUUUCUAGUUUUAGUUUUUAUUUUAUUGUCUCUUUUCUCGGAGUACCUCUAGGUUAGACUCAUCGAAAUAGGACUCGACAAGCUUUACGGGUUCAUUUCAAGCAUGUACUGUACAAAGGUUAGGUAGAAAGACAAGGCGAGACAAGUCGAGACGAGACGGGACGAGAGAAGUA